AUGUUGUUCAAGUCUGCCUUGCUCUUCUCGGGUCUUUCUGUCGCUGCCUCCAUCACAGGCUGCCACUUCCACGGUGCCACUCAAUUCUGUAUCGAUGAGGAGGGAAAUGAAGGUUACGUGACUCCAGGUCCAACUGCCACUGCCAAUGCUCCUUCCACUUACACUGGUUGCCAUCUUCAUGGCAGCAACACGUUCUGCAUGAACGGUCAGGAGGAAGCUGAGUUCGUCAAGGAGGAUGGCGGCCACGGUGGCCAUGGUGGCCACGACCACGGCCUGGCCACCACCACUGCUUCUGGCGCCUCGGCGUCUGCUUCUCACGACCACGACCACGACCACGACCAUGACCACGACCAUGGCUCUGAGAGCCACGACGGCCACUCCCACGCUGCUAGCAAUUCUGCCGGUUCUGCUUCUUCCUCAGCUCCUGUUACAACCUCUGGCUCUGCUUCAGCCUCAGGAUCUGCUUCAGCUUCCGGCUCAGGUUCCGCUACAACCUCUGGCUCUGCCUCUAACUCAGCUUCGAGCUCAGCUUCGAGUUCAGCUUCGGGCUCAGCUUCUGGUUCAGCUUCCGGUUCAGCCUCGGUUUCCACUCGUACUGCCUCCAACGACGCUGUCACUGCUGGCGCCUACGGUGCUGCUGCUGGUGCUGCUCUUCUCGUCGCCGGUCUUUUCUAG